AUGUUAGUGACUAGAGAAGAUCAACUCUGUAUGUUAGUUACUCGUGCCAAUGAGACUGAGAAAUCCGUAUAUAUGGCAACUAGGAAUGAGAGUACCGGAGCCUUGUCGUGGACCAAAUUCCUAACACUGUUGAGACCCGAUGGUCUCCGCUGUCUUCAUAGUGGGAUGAGUUUCUUGGUCGACCAGGAAAACAAAGUGGUAUUGUCUCUUAAAAAACGCUUUCAGUUCUCCAGCAACAUCAUCAUACACAUCGUGGGGGAGGAUACAAACAUAAAAGUGGAUCUUCAUGGUGCAAACACUACUCAUACUUCUCCUGCCCCACUUCUCCUCAGUUAUGCUCCAAGUUUUGUUCAAAUCCAACAAGAUACUUCUAGUUCUUUGGAGCGUUGA